CACACACACACAUAGAGAACAAGCUUAACGCAGAGACAUAUGUACAAAAAUACAAGAGCACACGGAAUGAGGAACACACACACAUAUCAUUAACGCAGGGAGACAUUUACACUCAAACACACACAACACAGCACAGCACAGCAAGCACACACAGUUAUUUUUGAGGGCUUGCGUUCACCUCAGCUGUGCACACUCUCGGCCUCACAAGCUCUGGAGACAAAGAUUAAACCGACACUGCCCCAACUGUCACAGCCUCCACCGCCAUCAUGCCCGGUGAGGAGAAGGCGCCACAGCAGACCCGCCACAGGAAAAAGAACAAGAAGUCACGUUCCAAGGUGAAGAGCCCUGGUGGGAGUCCCAGUGACUGCCUGGGUGGCACCUUAGUGGGGCAGGAUGGCCUCAUCUCACCUCCGGUCCUCCAGCCUCUGCCUCCUAAAAAGCAGGCAGAGGAGAGGCCGAAAGUGUCGGUGGCCAAGAUGGAGGAGGAGUCGUCCAUAGCGAUCUGUCUUCAGGUGCUAUUUCCCUACCUGCUGGCUGGGAUGGGCAUGGUGAUGGCUGGCAUGGUGCUGGACAGUGUUCAGCACUGGGAGGUGUUUAAGGUGAUAACAGAGAUUUUCAUCCUGGUGCCGGCACUGGUCGGACUCAAAGGAAACCUGGAGAUGACCCUGGCUGCCCGACUCUCCACUGCUGCCAACACAGGACAAAUGGACGACCCUGACAAACAAUGGACCAUGGUGUGCAGCAAUCUGGCACUAAUACAGGUCCAGGCCACAGUGGUGGGCUUCCUCGCUGCGGUGGCAGCCGUGUGUUUAGGGGCAAUUUCUCGAGGAGGUAUAGAACUGGACCAGGCGGCUGUUCUGUGCGCCAGCAGCAUCACCACUGCGUUCGUGGCUGCUCUCUCUCUAGGCCUGGUGAUGAUUGGAGUGAUCAUCGGCUCCAGGAAGGUGGGGAUCAACCCCGACAACGUGGCCACCCCCAUCGCAGCCAGUCUGGGGGAUUUGAUCACCCUGUCCCUGCUGGCCGGGGUCAGCACCACGCUCUAUAAUCACAUAGAUAUGUGGUACCUGUCUCCUCUGGUGUGUCUGCUCUUCUUGGCUCUGAUCCCUCUGUGGGUGGUGGUGGCUCGACAGAGCCCUCAGAUCAGGGAGGUCCUCCGCUCAGGGUGGCAGCCUGUUAUAGUGGCCAUGUCCAUCAGCAGUUUUGGAGGACUUAUUCUGGACAAGACCGUGAAUGAUCCCAACUUUGAGGGCAUGGCUGUCUUUACACCCGUCAUCAACGGAGUGGGGGGUAACUUGGUGGCCAUCCAGGCCAGUAGGAUCUCGACCUACCUGCACUUCUGGAGCAUCCCUGGGGUGCUGCCCUACAAGAUGAGGCAGCACUGGCCCAAUCCCUGCAUCACCUUCUUCUCUUCAGGGGUGAACUCCAAGUCAGGCCGCGUCCUCCUGAUGCUGGUCGUCCCCGGUCACCUGGUCUUCCUCUACGCCAUCUCUCUGCUGCAGGGAGACGAGGCGCCGAUCUCUGUAUCCUUCACCAUCUGCUACCUCUGCGCUGCUCUGCUGCAGGUGGCAAUCCUCCUUUACUUUGCCGACCUCAUCGUCCGUUACAUGUGGAGGAGGAGUCUGGACCCUGACAACUUCUCCAUCCCAUACCUGACCGCCCUGGGGGACCUGUUGGGCACCGGCUUCCUGGCCCUGUGCUUCCGCUGUGUCUCACUGGCUCAGAGCCUGGGUCUAUGAAUCCAACCCCCCCCCCUUUACCCUGAACUCUUAGCCAGCCACUGUCAUGUCGCACCGAGUGUUGUUAGCACAGAGAUGCUUUUGAUUGGACAGUAAAGCAUUUUCUGAUCACUGGGCCAGUUCAAACCAAGCGAUUUCUCCUUGUCACAAAUUCAAACCUUUACACUGGUGUACAGACAGCACAUGGGACCCCCAACCAUUUGCACCCAUCGUCUGGGUGAACAGGGUUUGCUCCCUAAACAUGUCAGAUAUCUUUUAGUGCAAAGCGAGUAGUUUUAGUUCUCUGUCCUUCAGAACAUCUACUACAGUGUGUUGAAAAUCAUUCCACUUUAUUCAUCCGUCGUUUGAUUUUUCUGCACUAACUAGGCUCUGCGCUCACCUCGUCUCAUAGCUCACCUGUUCUGAAAUAUGUUGCAACUUUGACAUCACAGCAGCAGGGCGCGAUGAGAGAAUAUCGAAUGUGUCGGCCUGUAGAUUUAUUUCAAAUGGUCUGCACUGUGAAUCUGUGGAGUUUAGUUUGAACUCGUAUGGAACAAAGAGACUUACAGCAGUCCACAUCUGGACGGGCUGUGCUAUGACUUAAGGUCAGUGGUUGAUGUGUGUAGUAAACCAACUGGAAUGUUCAUGCAUGAUGACAGAUGCUGUGUUCAUGCACAUCACGUCAAAUGCCUUUAACACAAGAGAAUAUUUCAUCAUCACAUGUAAUCCCUACUUUUUUCUAAGUUUUCCUCUGUAUUCUUUUUUGAGAUGUUGCUGCUACAGACUGAUGCAUGAGGUAAUUUCAGGGCCAAAGCCAAAUGGCCUGGCUGCACAGUGGAAACAUUGUGAUUAGGAGGAAGAUUAUUAAGUAGUGAGUAGUAGUAUCUUUCCUUGCAGUUUCAUGCACUCUGUUUGUCAGAGAACCAGUACAUCAGAUUUUUCUUUUUUAGUGAAAUGAGACGAGGAGCCAUACAAUACUGACCAUAAAGACUGUUUUAGUGUGGGGCAUAACACCAGCAAGUUUUUGACGUCUAUAGCUUAUGUGUUUGUGACUCAAAACACUGUUCUGAUGGUUUUUACUAGUGGAAUAAAAUCAAAAUCCAGCAAAAGCUAUUGUAGAAAGAAUGGUUUGACAUUUUGGAUAAUGGUUUUAUUUGUUUUCUUGCUGGAGGUAGAUGAGAAUGGAAACGUUUAAUGGCUGUACACUAAAUAUGGUGUUACAGGCAGCAACUAAAUAAUGUAGCUUAGCACAAAGACUGGAAUAAGGUUAAUCCUGGCUCUGCCCAAAGGUCAAAAUAUAACAUGUUAAAGGAUGGGUGAACGCUUGUCUCAUCUCACUCUCAGCAAGAAAGCAAAUAUGUGUUUUUCUACAAUGUCAAAAGUUUUCCUUUAAGGUUGAAACAGGAUCUGUGCAUUGUAGAAAGCUAUAUUCAUUGUCCUUUACACAAUUUCCCAGCUUGCUCUUAAUUCUUUCUCUGUGCAGAAAUCAGUUUCACAGCAAAGUCACAAAAACACCAAACAAUCACAGGUUGAAGAAAGUUCUUUUUGUGUCCCUAUGUCUGACUGAAAGGCCUCACGAUCUCCAGAAUGUCUAAUAUGCAGAUAUGUUGCUUUUAGUUUGCACAUAGAGUAGAUACAUGUAUAAUAACGCCAUUAAACUGGCACAUGCAAAUAAUACCAGUAAUACGUAUAAGCAAUGAGAUUGUUUUUCAGAUUGUACAUCAUAAUAGAUCAUAAAAAUAUAAAGGCCUCAACACUUUUCCAACGCAUCCCCCCGAAAACAUUUCUCCACACCUCCCAGUGUUUGUCUAGCAAUUUUCCAAUAUUUUAUUUAUUGUGAAUUUCGUGCUGCCACUCAAAAAAGUAUUUGUUUUCAUCCAUCAGCCCACGUUUAUGUGUUUACAUCGAUUGUCUAGCUGCUGAGGAUCUUGGGUAUUUCCUCACUUCCUGCCUUACUGCUCAUCAUGAACCAUAGAACCUCAUCAGUGCUGCAGUGAGUUCAUAUAUACGUGCACAUGUUACUCUCAAAGCUGUUGAGACAGACAGGAAAGUCAAUUUUGGUCCUGAUCACGUAGAUUUGACCACAGAACAAAGUUGAGAGACUCUAACGCAUCCUGGGUGAAACUGUGUCUAACUGCGUCUGUCCCUUCACUUUGUUUGUGAUCAUGUCGAAACUUUGCCUCACAUUUUAUUUUCCACAUUUAAAAUGAACAUGUGAAGUCAUUUCUCAGCAUCCUGAUAGACAUAAAUACACAAAAGAUUACAAUUACAGCAAAAAACACAAUAUUAAGAACCAGUACUGUAGGCUGAAGUACACAAAUCUAUCUUGCUAUGGUACUUGCAUAUUUGCAUUUAUUAGUGUGUACGAGCUUCACUUAAAAAAUGUACACAGUAUCUGGAAAUAACAGAAAUAGAAACUGAAAAUGCACACAUCAAGUCACAUGGAACUUUUUAGCUGUCUUAGUAAUUUUAGGAGUCAAACCUCAACAACACUGAAACCUGAGGCGUUUCUCGUCAGUGACUGAAUAUGUAUGUGAGGUAUUUCAGUGUGGAUAUUGCUUUGCUAAAAGCUUUUAUUGUGACACUGUUACACAGUACUUUCUACACUAGAACUACGCACUAAUUGAAUCACAGUUUAUUUCACUUGAGCUUCCUGUAUGAGAUUAAUAUGCUAACUGUGAUACUGUGAUAAUUAGACGUGUACCAGAACAUACAGUAAGCGUGUCUUAAUCAGUGGGGCUGAAUGAUAUAACC